AUGUCGGCGAGCAUGAGCCGUCCACCGUUUGACCAGAUGGACCGCAAAUACACGUGCCUAUGCGGAAACCUGCACAUUCGAAAAGGAGCUCGAGUGGUCGCUGUGCUGCUGGUGAUCUUCACAGCAGCAAAUAUCGUCUUCAGUUUUACACGAACCUCAACGAUUGCCAUCUACACGUUGAUGACGUCCGCUUUUGCUGUCGUAGUGUUCGGAAGCUUGUUAUACGGCACCUACAAAGAGAAACGACUUUACUUGGUCCCAUAUCUGGUUUUUCAGAUCAUUUCCGUUGGAAUUACUGUCAUCGUUCUUCUGUCGUUCAUCAUAGCAAUCGCCGUGAAGUCAAACAUGGUUAUUGAACUGGCAAAAGACAUCGGCGGUGUGAAUAUACACGUUUCUCAGAAGCAACUCGACUCCGAUCUAGCCACUUUCACUGUGCUAUUCAUUCUCGCACUUUGUUUGGGUGGUCUACUCCAAGCUUACUUUUUUGAGAUCAUCUACUCAUUCUAUGGCUUUCUGCAUGAUCGUGAAUGCUCGUUCAACUUCAACUUCGAAUCUACACCAACCAUACCUGCACCAGAAACAGUGUUCGGCUCUACAGGAACUACGAACGGCGUUCCUCCACCUUAUCAGGAUCAGCAGUAGAGAACAAACAUCACGUCCUAUAAAAUCUUCCACUUAUAAUGUCAACAUUCCCUUCAAUCACUUCUGUUAUGCUCUAGUCGUUGUGAACGCUAUUGGAGUCCGGAUUUUAAAACAGUAAUCAUGUAACUAUUCACUUCUGUGUCGGUCUGUCCAUACAAGUUGCUUCAGAGAUGAAUGUUGUAUAAUUUCUACGGUUCCUUUUACAUUAAAUGGUCAUUCGAAAGGAAAAGUGUUC